AUGGAAGAUCAAGGGAUGUUGAGUAUGGAAUCAAAUAUUACAACAUUGAAUGGAGUAGUAGGAGAAGAAGGUUGUUCAGAUUCUAACAGCAAUAAUAGUCCCGGUGGAUCAUCGAACAACCAUCAAAGAAAAGAUAUCAGCGUAGCAUCAUCUGCAAAAUUAAAGGGUGUUGUUUCGCAGCCAAAUGGACGUUGGGGUGCACAAAUUUAUUCAAACCAUCAACGUAUUUGGAUUGGGACAUUCAAAUCGAAGUACGAAGCCGCAUAUGAGGUACUGACUAUGCUCAAGGAUGGAUCAUAUUAUACAAAGUUGUAUGAAUUUGUCAACUCUCGUUCCUUGAAGCUAGAUAAGGAACCUGGUUUGAGUCUGAGCUCGGAAAGUGCUAAAGAUGGAGCUGUAUCGUACCAUCAGUUGUCUCAGAAAGAACAAACUCCAAGCGACGUUGGGAUGCUGAACAAGCCUGAGAUUCCUAAAAGCUUUGAUGACUGGUACUUCGUGGAGGUUUCAAAAGAAGAAAAGGAUGCGGGUGUGAUAGAUGACACUCAACUCUCAUUCUUCGGCAGAGGUUGGAAUCGGUUGGUUAAAGACAAGAAACUGAAGGCGACGAUGUGGAUUCAUUUUAUAAGUGCGAGUGUCGUAAAGAGCAUAAAGCGUUUUACAUGA